UUGUGAAGUUGAAAUUCUAUGUUUAUCUCUUUCAUGUUUUGUCUCUUACUUCACUUUAAAAAUUAUUUUAACUGUCUUGUCUCGUCUCUAGUCUGAGUAAGUUUCAUUCUGCAAAUGUUAUAAAAUUAUAAAAGAAAAUCUAUAAAGUAAAUUUAAACAAAAGUACAGAGACUAUAAAUGUUGUACCAACCUAAACAUUAAAUAAAGACUUUGUUAAUUAAUCAAAAUAUAAAUUGUGUCCUGUGUCUUUUUGUCUGGACCUUCGCAAUUACUCAUUAUCUACAUACAUGACUUCAGCAGCUCUUGAGGAACUUUUGCGUGACCCACCGGUGGGUCACAUGGUAGUCAACGUGUUAAAUGGUUAGUGAAGUGAGUAAGUUUUACCAUCAGACACGUCUGUCCUGCAUUUCCUUUUGCGUAUAAUUCUCAAACAAUUCAACCAUUUUCAUUUGUUCUUUAUUUUGUUCGUAUUUAUAAAACAUUUUCAUAUCCAGCAAAGUUAUAAUGAGAUUUUUACAAAUAAAGUACCAAAAAGUGAGAAUCUAUUACAUUUGUCCUUUCACUCAGCUGUUUGUCAAAAAUAAAAAAAAAACACCUAGUCUAUCGGUCAAGUUUGAUAAACAAAAAUUAAAAUAUGAAAAUGUAUAAUACAGUAAUCCCCGGUUAAUUGCACCUCGGUUAAUUGACUUUCCCGGUUAAUUGAUUGAAAAAAUGCACUUGAAAAUUUCCGAAUUAAAUAUAAUGUAUUUAUUUUCGCAUAAUUGAAUCCCGCUUAUUUGAUUUCCCCGCUUAAUUGAUCAAAAAAAAAUUGAGUACAAAAAUUAAAAUCAAACAAAAUGUUCCUUUAAUUGAACGCUCAAGAAAAAGAAUAUUAUUCAGUUUACACAAAUGAAUUUCGAUAUUUUUCCAAAAUGCACAUAAUUUGGCAGCAUUGAAAAAUGACAGCGCGAACUGCUCAAUCUCUUAAUUUACAUAUCUCUGUCAUUUUUUGUUUGAGAGUUUGCAAUUUCUUACAUUUGUUAUUGUUAUUUGUUUAAAAAUGAGUGGACGAAAGUACACAAGUUUGUCGAUAAAACAAAAAUUAAACAUUUUAAAAGAAUCACAAGAAAAAAGUAAAACCGAGUUGUGCUCAAAGUACAAAUGUUCUCUAAGCACCUUAAAUAGAGUGAUUCGCAAUGUUGAACAAAUUAAAAACAAAUCAAGAAAUUUUUCACAAUCACGCAAACGUGAACCAAUCGGUUCGUGCAAAAAGGUUGAGGAAGCUCUUUUGACUUGGUUCGGUCAAAUGAGAUCCAAAGGUGCGGCCGUUUCUUGCAACAUUGUGAUGGAGAAGGCAAAACAAUUUGCGGUAAUGUUAGAUGAGGACUUUUCUCCAAAUGCAGGGUGGCUAUGGCGAUGGCAGAAGCGAAAUAGAAUAGUUUUUAAACGAAUGCAAGGUGAAAUGUCUUCUGCAGAUUUUGAAGGUGCUGAAAGCUUCCGAAGUUUGAUUCCUACUUUAGUACAAAAUUACGCUGCCUGUGAUAUUUUCAACGCAGAUGAAUCCGGUCUUUUUUAUAAAGCUUUGCCAACAUCAACUUUAACACAAAGAGGAAGCAACGUUCAUGGUUUUAAAUCAUCAAAGGAUCGUCUUACUCUGCUUUUCAUUUGCAAUGCAACGGGCGACUAUAAAAAAAUAAUUGUCAUUGGAAAGACCAAAAAACCAAGAUGUUUUAAAAAUAAAUCUGUGCCCUUGGAAUAUUAUUCUAAUAGAAAAGCCUGGAUGACACAAGAUAUUUGGACACAAAUUCUGUUUUCACUCGAUGAAGAAAUGAUUAAACAGCAGCGCAAAAUAAUACUUUUCGUGGAUAAUGCUGCCUGCCAUAAGAAGUUAGACAAUUUAAAAAAUAUUAACCUUCAAUUCUUACCUCCCAAUGCAACGUCUAUCAUUCAGCCUCUUGAUCAAGGAAUUAUUCAUUGCUUUAAGGCGUACUAUCGCCAAAAUAUUAUAAGAAAACAAAUUGCAGCUUUCGAGGCAGGGAAAACUAUUGAAGAGUUUUCAAAAUCAUUAACAUUUUUGCAAGCAAUGCAUAUAAGCAAAUAUUGUUUGUGGCUUAUGACCCCGUCUACUGUGAGAAACUGUUUUAGAAAGGUAACUUUUUAAAUUGUCAUUUAUGUACAUACAUAUGUAUGUACAUAUGUACGUAACAUAUUUGUCAAGUGUUAACAGUCUUUGUUUUAAAAGGCAGGUUUCUUUGAAGAAAUAGAAGAGGAGUCAGAAGAUGAUGUUACUAUUACGGACAACUUAGUCGACAACCAUGAAUUUCAGACUUAUUUGGCGAGUGAUGACAACAUAUCAUGCUGGGGCGAACUAACGGAUGCGGAAAUUUUAGAAAAUCUUAAUGAAGAUAAAAAUUUGGAGACUGUAGAAAAUGAUGAGGAUCUAUACAAAUCUUACGCUUACAUUUCUUACCUCUCAAUAAAUUUACAAUUGAACUGGAAAAAAUGGAAGAGUCUGUUUUAAACGAUAAAAAAAUGCAAACUAAGAUAACCGACUUUUUUCAAAGUACCUAAUUUUUAAUUUUUUUUUUAAAUGCGAUUUUUAAUUUUUAGUUCCUUAAAUAUGUUGAAGUGAUAUUUUGUUAUUGUUUUUGUUUUUUUUUGUUUAAAUAAUUUAUUUUUAUUUCAUACAUGUAUAAUUUUUGUAUAGGUAUCAUUUUUUCUAUGCAAUAAAACGAUGAACUGAUGCAGACUGCUCUUAUUUUUAUGAUGCAUGUGUUGAUAUUUUAUCCUUUAAUUGACCGAAUUGUGCAAUUAAACGGGUUUCGCUUAAUUGAACAAAUCAGUCAAUUAACUGAGAUUCCGACAAUUGAUCUACCCGGAUAAUUGAUCGAAAAUUUUGGCAAAACAGCCGGUGCAAUUAACCGGGGAAUACUGUAUAUGCUAUUAUCUCUAGCACAAUAAUGGUAAUAACAUUGUUAUUCGUUUUAUCCUAGCUACAAAAACUCCUCAGAGGAAAGACGCGGGGAGAGAUAUAACCAAUCUAUAUACAUUAUACAUACAUACUUAUUUAUUUAA